AUGCGAGCAGCAGUGCUCCUGGUGGCAGAUGGAUGCGCAAAGGCAGUCGGUGGUGCAAGUCCUUCGCCUCUGUUUGGUAGCGAUGACAGCUCCAGAUGCGUUCACUUCCAAAGGCCAGGCAAGAUCCUCAUCUACAAGAAGGACACUCCUAUCUUUCCAAUUGGCAUAGCAGUGCCAUCGGACAUGAUAGCGAAGUCCGUUCCGAGAAAGACCCGACUGACCGCCGGGUUCGUCGGAAGCAGAGCCGGUGGGGAGGUGAAGGAAUACAAAUUCGGCCCCAUGGAUGAAAGAAGGUAUCACGAAUUCUAUCGUCGCCAUCGGUUUGCUCAUACGAAGAAGAAAGGUGGCUGGGAUGCCACGAGGCAUGCCGAGAUCCUUGCCGUGGGCACAGUACCGAACUUCACUGGCCUGGCCCAGGCACCUCCCCUAGCGGUGCCCUUCGUGCCCAAGUCCUUGCUGCUAAAGGCGAAGCGUCAGCUGCUACCUUUCUCUUUGCGCUUGGAGGCUGUCUACAAUGCAACAGUGGAGAGGCUCCUGGACCACACACGCAGGUGCUUGUCUGUCGAGUCGAUGGCGGCGCGUGUCUUGCGGAGCAUUGGGUUGUGGCCGACUCAGCGACCUCUUCGGCUGCUGUAUGUCACCUGUGGCUUUGGUUUUACUGGAGCAGGCGAUGGAUGGCAAGGUCCCGUAAGCAUCGGCAUCUUUCUGGGCCUGCAGAGCUUGCUGAAGAGCAUCCCAGGCUCUCGCAUUGUCGAUGCGCCUGCCAUGGAGCUGAAUCCAAACUUUUGGCGCGGGGACAGCGAACCGCGGUCAAGCUUUUGGUACCUCGCUGACGAGCGCCUCGCUCGGAAGCAGGAGGAAGCGCUCCGCUUGAGGAUGUAUGGCUUUGGGUUCUCCUACGCCCGAAGGGUGCUUCCCGAGGCGCUCGCCGUUCGUGCAGAGCGGGACUUGGUGACGCAGAGCCUUUUCCGUCGCGAAUUCGAUGGCAUCAUCUACGGGAAGGUUGGCCCCAACCAGGCCUGCGAUCCUCUGCCUUUCUUCAACGAGGUGCAGGCUGCCGGCUACCCUUACGAGCGCGUGGCCCUUAUCUACGGUGGGGACUUCGGCUUGGAGACAAAGUUGGUGGCCCAGCAUGCUCGCAUCUUCUCCGGUCAUGGCAUCAUCUUUUUCCGCGAGAUGAUUGCCCCACUGGACGACUUCCACUGGGUCCCUGCGCGGGUCUACCCCAGAGCUUGCUACGCUGAUCCAACGUGGAAGCAGUUCUUUCACCUUUGGUAUCAGCGCUUGGAGUGCUGGGGGUGCCCCGAGAUUGAUGUGCCAGUGCGAGAGGAGCUAUGGGGGGAGCUUCGUCAAAUGGCUGCCGGCCGUCCAUGGCAAUCAGGUGUUGGGAAAAUGGAGCUCAUGCCUCCUUGUUGGAGUGGCUUGGUACUUCUGGCCGUGCCACUGCUGGCAGAUGGGGGAAUGCCGGCAAAGAAGCCCUCGUCCGAAGACCUCGAAGCCAGAUGCGAGUUCUUCUACCUGCAGCUGCGCAAGGCCCGGCCUUUCCUCAGCUUCCGAACGCGGCCGUGGCCGCGCUGGCGACAGCGGAGAGGCGCCCUGGCGUUUCGGGAGGCCUUCGGCAUCAGCCCCUGGGAGAUCAGGGCCUUCCUGGACUCUGCCUGCCGAGGGCCAGGCACAGGUGCCGGCCUCUUCCAUUCGCGCUUCGCGAAUGAGGCAAGGCGGCCGCUGUCAGAGCUCCGGAGCACUUGGAGAAGCUCCGAAAAACAUGACGUGUGGAGCCCGCAACUGUUUUUUGUGCCUGGAGGGCAGGUGUCUCGAGAAUCCUCGAGUCUUGAGUACGGCAGCAACAACUCGCGGCCUGCUGUGGCUUACAAGGAAAGGUAUGGCGGGCAUGGGGAUGCCGGGAUGACGGGCCUCCGAUGA